AUGGCACCCAUGUUGAAAGUGAAGCAUACUUUCAUUUCGGUGGAUGCGCACGAGAGCGACGUUAAAGGAAUCACAAGCACCACGAAGCCAUGCGGGAUGAUGACACGAUCCCGAUCUCAGGAGUGCCUGGGCCGGAAGAUCUCGGAGAGUGAUCAGGUCAUGAAGCUCAACCGGAUCCUCCUGUCCGACAAGGAGGCCGUCAGGGAAGCCCGGUCCCCGGUGGCCACCUACGCACCGCCCGCGUUGAACGAGGCAGCUGCCAGGAAUGCAGCGAUUCAACUUUUAGAAGGACCAGGAUGGGUGGAAAUUGGCAGUUUUGGAGCGAUUCCGGUGCAUUUGCCCAAGUCAAUAUGGGCACCGGACCCCUUGCUGCCGGGCUCUUCGAAGCUGGACCAGAUGAUAGAGGAGCUGAAUGAGGAAUGUUCGGCGUCAUCGGCUUCACAGGAGCAGAGGCUUUCGCGGGUCUCCGAUAGCAAGAAGCCUGGUUGGAGCCGCAGUGGCUCCAACACCUCUUUGAAUACCAUGAUCUCAUCUUGCUCCCCCUCUUCCUCCACCGACGCCGACAGCACGUGCUCCAGGCUGCACAUGCACUGCUUGCAGGAUGACCGAGUUAGCAG